ACCAGAGCCUCUACAGGUGACAGGUGCAGUCGGUAUUUAACUUUUUGCAGGACAGUUGAAAUUAAACAGAUAGAAAGAAAUUGUUAUACUGAGUUAAAAUUAGACAAUCUGCCCAGCGUAAAUUUGGGAAUCCACAUACGUACUUUGGGCGCGUGAGCUCUUGAUCAUUCGAGUUGAACUUUUUCGAUGGAAACGACUGCAGCUCCUUAUUCACCAUGGUCAACUAACACUGAUGAACAAGCCACGAAAAACGACAGCUCAUUAGGAGAUCUGGUAGCAAGCAUAUUAUCAGACAAACCAGCAAAAACUAAUCCCAUCAAAAGAAUAUGUUCGGAAAGUGUAUUGCCAGCGUGGAAGCCAAUCUCUGGUUCAAGUUUGAAACCAAACCGCAGCUCUGGUCUGCUGAGUCCAAACUUUUGUACCCCACCAUCAAAAAAGCCACUUCAAUUGGACACUGAUCGUACUCCAUUUCUGCAUCAAUUUCGCUCUGCAAACCGACCACAACAGGAUAGUUUCAACUUACAUUCAUAUCUUCCCACCCCUGAUGUAUCGCAGCUUACAAAUAGCUGUUACUUGGAUAGAACUGGUGAUCAAUUCAAUGAUAACUCAACUAUUGGGAGGGAUAAGACUGACACCGAUACAGCUGUUCAGUCAUAUUCAGGUUUUCAGUUCGAAGAUGGUGGAACUUUAAACUCAAGUGGGAUAUCAGGUACAGGGAGUGGCGAUUAUAUCAACCCUUCCAUAAACCUGCAUGAUAAUUCAGACCUGCUAUUAAAAGCUGGUGACAUGGACCCUUUGGUUGUAGAUCGGCUGAGGAAACAUCUGCUUAGCCAGUCUGACACUGAACUCAGCCUCAUAAAUUCCCCAUGGGCACGAAGUAGUUCGUUCUAUGAUAACAGCAGAAGUAACUACAUGAGCCCACAAGGUGAUGGGCCAGAUACAUUCAGUACAUUGCAUGCAGAUAAAUCGUAUUACCACUCCACCCCGCAACAAGAUGCAAACCAGCAGAGAAUAUAUCCAACAGAUUCAAGCAACAUACAAGUGCAAGAGAGAUUGAUUCAGCAAAAGUUCAGGGAGCUUGGAUUGGGCAAUGGCACACCACCUCUUUCUACUAAUGAAGAUACCAAUUUAAAUGGUUCACUAUUAAGAAACCUUGAUCUGAACGAAGUUUCACUUCAUAGAUUGGAUCCAAUAACUCAACAGACAACGCCACAAAAACCCAAACGUAACGGUUACAGCAAUCUUGCUAUGAACAUGUCGUUCCCUUCACCCAUUGACCCUUUGUACCAAACUGAAUCACCACGUAACUUACCUUUGUCUGCGAGUCGUGACAAGAACUUGUUCUGCCCCAUAUUGAACCAAGAAGAACAGCAUCAGAUACACUGUAUGUUCGAUCCCAUAAUACCAACUUGGAUUAUGAUGUUUCUACUUCAAGAGAAAACUUACAGAACCAGAGAAGGAACUCACAAGCUUAUUUGCAAACAAGAAGCAAGGAGAAGCCGACAACCUAUCCUCCCAACCCCCCACCCCAAUCUUACCCAACCCCUGACCCCAUUCAUGGAAGUUACCCGUUCAACCCAUCAUCUUACCCCCAAUUUAACAAGAUGGUUCCACGUCACCCAGGGUUUAAUAGCAUGUGCCCCCCUGGUUACCCCUACCUACCCCGACCCACUAUACCCCCUACAUUUUACCCGGCAUCUUACCCCCCAAGAUUAGAGGGCCCCAAAUACCCCUCAGAAGGUUUUCACCCCUAUUUCUUCAGCCAGGGACCCCCAAUGCCAAUGGGUCAGCCGUACCCGAUGCGUCCACGGUGUAAUAUGUCCCCUUACUUUGAUGAGAAAGGAUGGCCUUUGAUUCCUAUUCAUAUGAAUGGUGUAUAUGGUAUACCACCACCACCAUUACCAGGUAUGCCCAUGCAAGCUAAGCAACGCACGGCACCCAGGAAUAAACUGUAUUUUGCAAUGGAGGAAUGCUAUGAUCAACAAAGGGGUUUAGAAAAGGAAA